AUGAAUACAUCGGCAAAGAGAAAGUUAAAUUCCACUAAUGAUCCUACCUCUUCUAGAGCCUUCCAUAAUUCCAAAAAAGCGCAUUUCAGUACACCACCGAAGAAACAAAAUCAUAUAGACUUGGUGAGUACUCCAUUCACACCAAGCUCCGCAUCAGACAAUUUAUUCCAAAGUAUCCCAAAACAUUUCGAUGAAGAUUAUUCUUUACUAAGUUCACCUCCUCCAAUUACCUCGUCUACGGUUAAAAAAAAGGAUAAUAAUGUUCAAAGUAUAAUAAGCAAUACAAUAUUAAAACUAUCUUUAAGCAUUGGAGCAGAUGGGAGAGCGUCUAUCUCAAAAGCACAGUCGUGUAUAGCUUCUGAUAACGAUAACAGUCAAUCAGAGACCCCUACAGAAAAUUUAAAAGUUCAAGGUGACGAUGACAUUGAAAGCCCUGAUAAUGGUAAACAUGAAAUUCUUUCUCUGUUGAGAAAAAUGAGAAAUGGUACCAGUAGUGUUGAAUCAUCUGCUAAAAAACUGACACAUAACAUGUAUCCCUCUUCACCACCAACAGUAUCAAUUCCGCAGACACCUCGUUUAGUUAAUUCGAACAUGUUAAUUAGGACUGGAUUAACACCGUCCUUUAAGGAAAUAGAUGAUCAUAUGGUUCCAUUGGAUGAAAUAUUGUUAAGUGCAGAUAAAAAUAUACCUGCACAAGAACAUGAACAACAACAACAAUACAUAACUAAUAGAUCUACAUUGGUCAAUACUGACACAGCAGUAUCAUUGGUAGCACGCACUGAACAAUUCCCUUUUAAAAGUGCUGUUGGUGAUCCAUUGUUGAUAAACGAUGACGAACAAUGGAUUCAAACAAUAAAUAAAUCUAACGACCAUCCAUAUAGUAAUGAAAUCAGAAAAUUAAACGAUUAUUCAAAAAAAAUUACAGUCUUUGAUACACCACUAUUGAAAGAACCAAGUACACCAAGAAGAACUCAUUUAAAUAAUUUAGUAGUUGGUGUUCCAAGUUCUACAUUAAUUCGAGAUGACACAGAUGACAGAGAUAGGAUCUAUGAUCAUAGUAUAAAUAAUAAUAGUAUUACAGCUACCCCAUCUCACAAAAAAAAAUUCUUUACAAUUUACUCCAUUAAUUCAACAAACAAUGACUGGUUCAUUAGGUAA